GAGAAAGCCUAUAGGUGGAAAACAUGAAGAAAGAUCUUCAGAACAUUUGGCACAUCUCAAAUUACUUUUGACUUGUUGGGUUACUAUAUUCUCAAUCCCUUCCAUCCAUAUAGGUGGUGAAGAUAGAAUAAAUGUUUUGCCUAUCAAAAGUAAAAUUCUAGUUGAUUGGAAGGCCUCCUUGGGAUUAGUUAAUGGCAAAUUAAAAACAGUGCCAAGGGAGUUGGCUUGA